AUGACUUUGAAAAUUUUUGGGGAAAUAAGCGAACCAUUAGUUAGGUUAGGAAUAAGUCAGGAUGAAAUCGAUAGAUUGAAAAAUGAGUUGCUUGGUAAUGAAGAAUAUGAAAGAAUUUUGAGAGAAUGGGAUAGAUUGAAGAGCGAUUUAACUGAUAUUAAAACUGACAGAGAGGUUAGGAAAAUUAUCUCUUGUCUGUUUGUUAGCAAUGAAAAAGGAUGUGUUUCGUUUUUUCACAAAUCCUUAAAUGAUUGGUUGUUGGAUGAUCGAGAACAUGAUUACUCAGUAAAACCUUCUUGUGGUCUUCGACUUGUUUUAGAAUUUUGUUUAAAAUCUUUGGAUAACCUCAAAGAUGAAGGUGUAAACUAUGACAUCAUCAAAAAUGCGUCACUUGAUAAGAUACUAGAUAUUAAUGGUAAAAUUUCCUCCAGUCCGUUCCAUUGUGAUGAUUCUACUUCUAAGUUCUUUACCAACAAAUGUUUUUCUAAGGAUAAGUACACAAUGGUCACUAGUUACAAAGAUACUUUGACAGUAUGGGACGUUGAGAAAGAUAUCAAUGAAUGUACCCUGUCUACCCAUAACUGUCACAAGAAAGCAACCUGUACCAAUAAAAUAGGAUCAUUUUCAUGUAAAUGUAAUAUUGGUUAUUCGGGAAAUAGAAUUCUUUGCAAAGAGAUAAAACCGUGCCAGCCAAAUCCUUGUAAAAACAAGGGUAUAUGUACGAAAAAAGGAUAUACAUUCUCGUGUAAAUGUGCUGAUGGUUUUAAAGGCAAAACCUGUGAAGUUGGAGUUUGUGAUCAUUCACCUUGCAAAAAUGGUGCCCAAUGUCUUUUUGAAGGCAAUUCAUACAAAUGUAACUGUCCUCCUAACUUCGUUGGAUUUCACUGUGAAAAGGAGCUUCCAACUCCUUGCAAGCCAAAUCCAUGCAAAAAUGGUGGACAAUGCAACGUAUUUGGCAACAGUUACACCUGUAAAUGCAAGCCUAAGUUUGGCGGUAACAACUGUGAACAUUCUGAAACGUCAUGUUAUGCUUCUGGUGAUCCUCAUUACACCUCAUUUGAUGGCAAAAGAUUCGAUUUCAUGGGAGACUGUGAAUACGUGUUUGCAAAAGACUGUAGCAAAGACAAACUUUUUGAAGUCCGUACUAAAAACGUCAUUUGUGGAAAGAGUGCUACCUGUACAGAAUAUGUCAGCAUCAUUAUAGCUGGAAACUCAAUUUUGAUGACACGUCAGCGUGGUACAGCAGUUGUAAAUAGGGUUAGGCUGUCAAAGUUCCCAAUAAUCCGUCCCGGAUUCGAAAUCACCAAUCCCAGUAGGAGUUCGCUGAUUGUUAAAACUCACAUCGGAGUAUCAGUGAGUUGGAACUUUUGGAUGAAUGUAAAGGUCACAGUUUCUGGUAAAUACAAGGGAAAGUUAUGCAACACAUCUCUAUGUGGCAACAACAAUGGUGAUAAAAAUGACGACAUUCACUACAGGAGAAAAUGUGCUCCACCACCAGCAGUAUGUAUUCCUGAUUCCAAAAAGAAAGCAGCGAUGAAUAAAUGUCACUUGAUGAGCGAUACUAGCUCUCCGUUCUACCGUGCAUGUAAUCGAUUUAGUAGCGCGGAAAAUUUGAUCAGUAAUUGCAAAUAUGACGCAUAUCGUUGCAUCGAUCCAAUGAAAUGUGUUUGUAACGCUUUUGCUGCUUACAGCAAACUUUGUGUUGAAUAUGGUGGUGUUCUUGACUGGAGAUUCAAUGGAACUUAUUUGUAUCCAAAACUCAAAGAAUGUGAACAAACAUGCAGCAGCAAAGAAGAAAUUUUCACAGAAUGUGGAUCUGCUUGUUAA